AUGCUAUCCCAAUAUGAAUAUGUUCUUAUAUGUGAUAAAUCCAACAUCCGAGUGUCUGGAUCACCACAGCACAUGCUGAAUAGUGUGGAAAAGGCUUUUUCGGGAAAAGUUGGCUCGGUACAAAAAAAGGAAGAGCUGACAGAAUAUAUAUCCAAUAUGAUCCAUAGCAAAAGUAAGAAGGAGUUUGACUGGGCUCUGAAUAAGUUCAACGCUGUAUCUGCUGGUUCUGAAGUAGAAAAUGGCAAUGUGAAAGCGCCAGUCUCGGCAUAUUUUCAUGACAGGUGGAUUAUAUGCCAAGAGAAGUGGGCAGGUUAUCUUACUCAGAAGAUAAUGCAUUUUGGAUGCACAACAUCUCAAAGAGUGGAAAGUGUCCAUCAAACCUUAAAGAGAGGUAUAUCUGCAAUAGCUUCUCUGGAUCUCGCCUUUGAAAAUAUUUCAAGAUAUAUCGAGAGGCUUGAGAGAGACUUCUGGAAUGUGGAGAUCAGGGAAUCUACCACGGUUGACCCUCUUGUUGGACGAAACAAGCUUUUGUCUAGACUGCUCAUGAAGGUCUCAAAGCGAGCUUUGCUGGUAAUAGACCAAGAGGUUCGACUGAAAUGUGAAAGCAGUAUUGUUUGUGAAUGUAUGAACAAGCUCCAGUAUGGUAUACCUUGUCGCCAUUCUUUGCCUGCUGGAAGGGAUAUCUAUAUUUCUGAUAUCCCUGAAAGGUGGGUUAUUGAUCCUCGUAAUGUAAAGCCAAGGGACAACACUUGUCGGGAAAACUUCCAGCUUGAGGAAAGACCAGAGGUGUGGAUGGAGGAAGUAAUUAAACUCGAGUCACUGUUUCGGUCCUGUGAGGGCAGCCAGCAAGUGGCUAACCUCCUGAAUAAGAUCAAGAAGGUCACUUCUGAAUUCGAAGGCAAAACUGGGCACUCUUCGAUUAACUUUCAAGCCCCAGAAAAAAUCAAGUACCCUGGCAGACGGAAGGGUAGUGCACGUCCAAAGUACCUCCCCAAAGACUUUGGUCGGGCAAACUGGAGAAAGAUCAGUGUUUCGUCUGGUCAUGCUGGCCUUAAGGCAAUGGUUAGACUGAGAGCUAAAAUGAGGGAGGGAAAGCCUGCAGCUACACAAAAAACAAAAAACAAAAAACAAAACAAAAACAAACAAGAGCCUCUCAACCCAGUCGAUGCUACCAAAAAAAAAAAACAAAUAAAGCAAGAGCCUCUUGACCCUGGGAUGUUGUCUUACACGAAUAUGCUUUUUAGUCGAUGCCACCAAAAAUAA